ACCCAGUGUAAGAACAUUCAACAUGUAGUGAUAUUUGGCUAGAAAAAAUUCUAAAUAACCAAUUCUAAUUUUGACAACAGUGUAAUUUAGUUGGUGUUAACUUUCUUCUUUUCUAAUUAAAUUGGUUUAAAAAAGUAUAAGUACAUUAAUGUUCUUAAUUGUAUCAAAAAAAGGAAAAAAAUAGAGUGAAAAUGUCAAAUUAUAAUGAAACGGAUCCUGGACCUAUUCCUAAUCGUUGGUUGAAGUGUCCACGCAAGUCGGAAUCAGUUAUAGCUGAAAAGUUUUUAGCUUUUAAAACACCACUUUCUUCAAAAUUUAAGGAAAAAGUUCCAAUACAAUAUGUUUUUACUCCGGAAAUGAUUUUUGGUUACACAAAAACUAUAAAUCUGAAACUUGGUCUUUGGAUAGAUUUAACGAAUACCAAACGUUAUUAUGAUAAAGAAGUUAUAGAAAAUAAGGGGGCAAAAUACGUUAAAUUAAAAUGCCGUGGGCAUAAUGAAACACCAUCGAAAGAGCAAACUACUUCUUUUAUACAAAUUGUAGAUGAUUUCAUUAAUGAUCGUCCUUUUGAUGUAAUUGGCGUCCACUGCACGCAUGGAUUUAAUAGAACUGGAUUUCUUAUUGUGUCAUAUAUGGUGGAGAGGUUAGAUUGCCCAGUUGAUGCAGCACUAAGUGUAUUUGCCCAGGCCAGACCUCCUGGUAUAUACAAAGAAGACUACAUUCGUGAACUAUAUAGAAGAUAUGAUGACGAAGUCGAUACACCACCUGCGCCAGAAACUCCUAGCUGGUGCUUCGAACAUGAAGAUGUUAAUGUAUCAAACGAUAAAGUACAAUGUAAUUAUACUACUCGCAUGAAUUAUGAAGAGUCGAACAAAAGAAAUCAUGCUACUGCAUUUUCUCUGCCAAAUUUACCUAGUACUAGUAAAUGUCUAGACGAAGAUGAUGAAAUUAUCGGAAAUGGUCACCUUGUUUCUGAAAAUCUCGCUGUUGAAAAUAAAGGAGAUUCUACAAAUACUGAACAGAAACCUUUAAAAAAGAAAAGAAAGCGAGAACAAGUAAAGAGGGAUGCCAAAUUUAUGUCUGGCGUCAGUGGUGUGACUUUAAUCUUAGAGCAGCCCAAGUUAAGUGAACUACAGCGAAAAGUGCAAGAUAUGUGCGGUUGGCAAGGGUCGGGGUUCCCGGGUUCACAGCCGGUGUCAAUGGAUAUGGAAAAUAUUAAUUUUUUACAUUUGAAACCGUACAAAGUUUCUUGGAAAGCAGACGGAACGAGAUACAUGAUGUUAAUAAAUGCUAGAGAUGAAAUUUACUUUUUCGACCGAAAUAACUCUUGCUUUCAAGUUGAUAAGCUCACAUUUCCGCGGAAAAAUAAUUUAAAUGAGCAUUUAACAAACACAUUGUUAGAUGGUGAAAUGGUGAUUGAUAAAGUGGACAAUGAUUUUAUACCCCGCUAUUUGGUUUAUGAUAUUAUCAAAUUUGAAAAUGAAGAUAUUGGCAGUUCUGCCUUCCACCCUGAUCGAGUGCGUUGUAUAAAAGAAGAAAUAAUUGCUCCUAGACACAAAGCUUUCUAUCACGGUUUAGCGAACAGAAGUACAGAACCAUUUGGUUUGCGAGAUAAAGAAUUUUGGGACAUUACAACAGCCGGAUACUUGUUAAGUGAAAAAUUUGCUGCAAAAUUGUGUCAUGAACCUGAUGGAUUAAUAUUCCAACCUUCUGCCGAUCAGUAUACAGCUGGACAAUCUAAAGAAGUACUUAAGUGGAAGCCUUUAAAUAUGAAUUCUAUUGAUUUUUUGCUCCGAAUUGUAAACGAAUCAGGUGAAGGAAUAUUACGUGCAAAGGUGGGACUUUUAUAUGUUAGUGGAUUGACUGGACAUUUCAGUAAAAUAAAAUACACAAAGGAAUUAAAAGAUUUAGAUAAUAAAAUAAUUGAAUGCUCACUAGAUUUUCGAACUAAGCAAUGGAAAUUUAUGCGACAACGUACAGAUAAAACUUUCCCUAAUAGUUUUGACACUGCUAAAUCGGUACUAAACAGUAUAACGUGCCCAGUUACAAAGGAAAUUUUGCUGGAAUACAUAGAAAAAUAUCGUUUCCGAGACGACAACGACUUAAUGCCGCCACCACAGCAUCGUCACUGAACUCAUUUGUGAUUUAUUUCGACAUAAGCCAUAAUUAUAUAGGACAACAUUGAGCUUAUCGUUUGAGUUCAUUGAAACGUUAAUUAGGGUUUUUUUCUAUGAAUAAUCAGCAUAAUUUUACACAAAAAAAAAUCAAUUAAGUAUAAAUUUAUGCAUAAAUAUGUAUGUACAUAUAUGCAUAUAUAAAUAUGUAUGUAUAAAUAUAUACAAAAAUGUACAUACAUAUAUGUAUGUAUAUAUACAUAUAUAUAAAUAAAGUUAUGCGUUGACAUUUAA